AUGGUGAUACCGACGAGGCCUACCAACGGUCUGAAAGUCGCCGGCAGGGAGGCUGAAAUCAUUUCCCUCCUGACGCUGGAGGAGAAAUGCAUUCUCCUUUCAGGUAAAAACAUGUGGGAGACACAGGAGAUCCCCCGUCUCGGAAUCGGGAGUCUGAAAACCACAGACGGCCCCGCUGGGGUGCGUGGCUCACGAUGGACCGACGGUACUCACACCACCCAAAUUCCGUGCGGCAUCUCCCUGGCAGCUACAUUCAACCCUCAGAUAGUGGAGAGAGUAUCCGCUGUCCUCGGCGCGGAGACCAAGAUGAAGAGCGCUCAUGUGCUGUUGGCACCCACCAUGAACAUCAGCCGAUCUCCCUUCGGAGGCCGCAACUUCGAGAACUUUGGUGAAGACCCCUUUCUGACCGGUACCAUGGCAACAAGCUACAUACGAGGUGUUCAAACCCAGGGCGUGGGGGCUUGUAUGAAGCACUUUGUCGCCAACGACCAGGAGACCCGGCGGUUCAACAUGGACGAGAAGAUCGAUGAACGAACCCUGCGCGAGGUGUACCUGAAGCCCUUUUACAUGGCCCUGGAUGCCCGGCCUUGGACUGCCAUGACUGCCUAUCCAAAGAUCAACGGCAAACAUGCCGACACGAGCCAAUCCCUCGUGCGUGACAUUUUACGCCGGGAGUGGGGUUUUGAGGAACUCGUCAUGAGUGACUGGGGCGGCCUGAACGACACCGUGGAGAGCCUGCGGGCGACGACCGAUUUGGAGAUGCCAGGGCCGCCCUUGCGCUACGGCGAUGCAUUGGCUCGUGCUGCUCGGGAAGGCACUGUCUCGGAGGCUGAGCAUAUUGACCCAAGUGUGAUACGUCUAUUGCGCCUCCUCGACAAAGCUGGGCUACUGCAAGACGUUGCCCCGGCCACCGCUUCAGGAGAGGGCGAGAUUGACGACCCUCGAACGCGGCGAACCGUGCGGGAAGCCGCAGCUGAAGGGAUAGUGUUGCUGAAGAACGAUGGCAUCCUCCCUCUGCGCCAGCAUGGCUUUCAGAAGCUCGCAAUCAUCGGACCCAACGCUAAACAACCUACGACCGGAGGCACAGGCAGUGCCACAGUAAACCCAUAUUAUACCACAACCCCCUUCGAGAGCAUAUCGGCCGCAGCUCGUGCCCGCAACACAGAAAUAGUCAUCACUCACGAGCGUGCCAUCUUCACGCAACUCCAGCCGCCACUCAUUGGCGAUUGCCUGAUGAACCCUGAUAACGGGGCCUCGGGGUUCCGCGUGGACUUCUUCGGAGACGCCACCCUUUCCGGUGACGCUGUUUCGACCACGUACUGGAAGAACUCGCUGGUGUACUUCAUGAGCGACGGAGACGUGCCCAAGUGCUUACAGGGCAAGGAGUACGGCUACAGGGCAUCAGCUCUGCUCCGACCAAGUGUCACCGGCGUGUAUGACUGGAGCCUGUCCAACACGGGGAGGGCCAAGCUUUACAUUGACGACCAGGUUCUCAUCGACAAUUCUGAGUGGACAGAGAUAAGCGGCAAUUUCAUGAACUGCGGGAGCGUCGAGAAGUUCGCCAGCAUCGAGCUCGAGGCGGGCAAGACGUACCGCGUCAGGGUGGAUAAUGUCGUCGUGCCCCCACCGACGCCAGCACACGACAACACGCUCUUCCAUAAGAUAUCUGGUGUUCGCGUGGGCAUGCUGUACCGACACGAUGAGGGGGCCAUGUGGUGUAACGCAGUCGACGCCGCGAAGGACGCAGACGUUGUCGUCCUCGUUGUCGGGCACAACAAUGACACCGAGCGCGAGGGGUCCGAUCGCACGUCGCUGUCCCUGCCUGGGAGAACGGACGAGCUCGUGUCUGCUGUUUGCUCAGUGAACAAGCGGGUCGUCGUCGUGAGCCAAUCUGCGUGUGCGAUAUCGAUGCCCUGGGCGGAAGAACCCGCAGCCAUCGUUCAGGCAUGGUAUC